AUGUCUGACUCCGUCUACGAGUACGAGGAAGAGUAUGAACCCGGUGGUCUGCAUCCCGUACACAUAGGCGACACCUUUGCGGACGGCCGUUACCAGGUCGUCAACAAGCUUGGAAACGGCUACUCAUCCACAAUCUGGCUUGUUCGCGAUUCGACAUCCACCAAUUACGCUUCACUAAAGAUUCUUGAAGCGCGUAGAUCGGAGUCACCGACAGAGCUCCAUGUUUUGGAGCAUCUCGAAGCAACAUUCGAUGCACAGGAUGAGGGAAGCAAACAUGUUGUCCGAAUGCUCGACCACUUUUUGCAUCAAGGACCGAAUGGAAUACAUCUUUGCAUCGUUCAGGAGCUCCUCGGGCCCAGUCUGGCGCUGGACGUCAAAUUGUUUUGGGCUAUCUCCUACCUUCCCGAGAGCACGUCAAGUCGACUCGUUGGCCAACUUAUUCUCGCUGUCGCCUAUCUUCACAAACGCGGAAUCGCCCAGGGCGACCUUCAUGCUGGAAACAUUCUCCUGUGUCUGCCCUCACCGCUCGACCCAGACAUAGACUUCACCACGGUUGUCAGCAACACCGGAGAGCUACCUUCUGAACCCUCCCCCCACAAGCCACGAUAUCUUGUAGAGCCCGUUACGCAGCGCCUAGGUAGCGACCUGUUACAGUCUUGCAUGAUCAAACCGUACAUUAAACUAUGCGAUUUCAGCGAGUCUUAUAUGACCAACAUGGUUGACCCACCAAAGUUUGGCUCCCCACAUAUUCUUCGUCCACCAGAAGGCAUCCUCACCAAAUUGCCACAUGCUACUCUCGAGAGCGACAUUUGGGCCCUCGCUGUCGCAAUCUACCAGCUGCUCACGUCUGGCGGUCUGUUAUUUUCCGAAUACGACGAUUCGAUAUUGGAGGAUAUGGUUCUUACGCUGGGCAAGCUCCCUGAGCCGCUCUGGUCCAAAUGGGCUAACCGCGCCUGCUUCUUCGACGAGGAAGUGAAUCCGGUCAUCCAGGCAUUCAAUAUCAAGGCCCAAACAACUUCCUUUCGCCAAAAGGUGCGGGGUUGGACGAGGGACGAGGGCAAGAUCUCCGCAUUGGCAGCUAUGUUCGAGACGAUGGCGCGGUACGAUGCGCAGAGCAGAAGUCGAGCAAGUGAGCUUGUUCAGAGCGAUUGGAUGACCAACUAUUGCCGGCCUUAUAUGGGCGACGACGUAAUCUUGCCAACAGAACGCAGGAAGGUGAGGGUCAACAGGUUCGUCAUUGAUCCUCGUGUCCUUAACGCACCGUGA